ACUACAAUUCCCACAUAUUUGGCAACCGAAGCCUGCCACUUACCCGGCAUUCAAUGCGCGACUAGAAUGAGGCAAGAUGGCAGCGAACCCUGUCACAAACACACCUCUUUUUGACUGUCCAACAUGGGCAGGCAAGCCGCCCCCAGGCCUGCAUUUGGACGUAGUGAAAGGAGACAAGCUGGUGGAGAAGCUGAUCAUAGACGAGAAGAAGUACUACCUGUUCGGGAGGAACCCGGACGCCUGCGACUUCACGAUAGACCACCAGUCCUGCUCGCGUGUCCAUGCUGCCCUGGUCUACCACCGGCACCUGAAGAGGGUUUUCCUCAUCGACCUGAACAGCACUCACGGCACCUUCCUGGGGCGGAUCCGCCUGGAGGCCCACAAGCCGCAGCAGGUGCCCAUCGACUCCACCAUGUCGUUCGGGGCGUCCACGCGCGCGUACACGCUCAGGGAGAAGCCCCAGGCCCAGCCCGGCGGCGGCGGCGGGGGCGGCGGGGGCGGGGACAGCAAGCCCGGGGAGGACGAGGAGCUGAAAGGCCUGCUGGGACUGCCGGAGGAGGAGACGGAGCUGGAGAACCUGACCGAGUUCAACACAGCGCACAACAAGCGCAUCUCCACGCUGACCAUCGAGGAGGGGAACCUGGACAUCCAGCGGCCCAAACGCAAGAGGAGGAACUCGCGGGUCACCUUCAGCGACGAGGAAGAGAUCAUCAACCCGGAGGACGUGGACCCGUCGGUUGGCCGUUUCAGGAACAUGGUCCAGACAGCAGUCGUUCCCAUAAAGAAGAAGAAGGUGGAGGUUCACAGCGGGCUGGGUUUGGAGGACGGGGCGGCUCGGAGAACGCAGAACAUUCCCUUCGGCGUGGGGGGGGGCCUGUACGGGGACCUGCCCCCCGCCAGCCAGGAAGCCGACGCCCACCCCGCCGCGGGCCAGGGCGGAGCCGCCAUCCUGGGGGGGCUGCCCCUGCCCUUCCCCAACCCCGCCCCGGAGGUGGACCUGAGCCCCUCCACCGCCCAGCCGCCCGUCACCCUGGCCCCCGCCCCCGCCCCCGGACCCUACGCCCCCGAGGCCCUCAACGAGCCGCGAAAGAAGAAGUACGCCAAGGAGGCGUGGCCGGGCAAGAAGCCCACCCCCUCCCUGCUGAUUUAGCCCCCAACCAGACUGCACGGGGGCGGGGCUAACAGUCAGCGGGGGGGGUUGGGGGGGUUGGGGGGUGUGGCUGUGUCACCGACGCUCGGUACGACCCCGGAUUCAGAAACAUGCGGUGUGGCUGUGGAAGAACGUUUUUCCGCAGCCGUCAUUUUGUUUGUUUCUUUCUGUUUGCGAGUCCUCCUCAUGACUGGAAUUGACCACUGGCACUAGUGUCCUGCGCUUUGGGGGCGAGAAGCAGGCCCCCUGUUUCAGAUUUCGGGAUCUGGCAGGGGGGUCCAGCACGAAAGGGGGGGGGGGUCCUGCAUUUAAGCACACGCCCGGUUAGUGUGAUCUGUGGAGAGAUUCACUGCAGGUUCAAUCAGUCACCGUCUCUUUUCCUUUGAGGUUGUUCUUUUAGGUACACUUUUCGGAUUCGAGGAGACCUCUUUCAAACCCAGCGCGCUCCGUUUCACUGGCCAGUCAGAGAAAGCCGCAGCGAUGUCACGCUUUGCGCAGAAAAGAACACGAAAGAUCGAAGAAAGCACCGGAUUUGACGCACCGGAUAACGCCAAAGGUUUUCCAGCCGAACUUGGAAAUUGCCUGAAGGGUUUGCGGGUUGAAAUCUGCGCAGGCGAGUUGAUCGAAGGAAGGAAGUGACGUCUGUAGCGCUGUUCUCGCUCCGCUGCGGUUCGUUUGAGGGGCCGAUCGUUCCCCCGUCCUUCGGUCGGGGGUCGAUAGAUUCGGUUGUAAUGGGGGCGCCUCCCUAGCCUGAUAUCAGACAGAAUCGUCAAUUCGUUGCACUCCAGGAUUCAAAGGUCUGGACCCAGGCGAGAUGCCUCCCUGCAGACCCUAUCUGACAGGAGGAGAGAGGAUUGUGGGUACUCCGAAAUUUAGCUGCUCUGGAAUGGGGGGGGUUGCGUUUGAGAGAGAAUUGUUUUAUAUUUUUAUAUUUAAAAAAACUGCUGUUCAGAAAUGCUAAGAGAUGCUACACUUGCUACUAAAACUUUGAGCAGUGACGUCCCUAUAAGAAUGAAUGAGCGUUAUGUGGGGGUAUAGUAAUCCGGAUUACUAUACUUAUACUAAUUUUCAGAUGCUUGUGUAAUUAACGGAAAUGAAUUCUGUCUGUGUCACAUGACCCUGUUUAAACAAAGGUGUUUGUGGUGAAAGUGGAGUCGCGGUGUGGCUUUCACGCCGCCCUUUGCUGUGUGUCGUCUUGUAUAAAACAGGAGAUGGGAUCAUGGUAGAGGAAAAGCAAUGGAGUGGAGUAAGCAGUGAUACAGGUGGAGGCUCCACGGUUUCCCUGCUCAUCUUUACUCCACCUGGGUCCAAAAGGCAGCAUUCACUCAAUUUAGUGACAAUUAACCCUUUUAAGAGUAGGCUUUUUGGAAUGUUUUUUUUAAAUUCAGUGUUCUAGAACUCCAUUGCUUUCAGUUGCCAGUUGUGAUUGUGACAUCAGCAUUAGAAUGUUCAGUUAAGAACAUUCUGAUCAUGUAGGCCUAUUUGUGAUCUCACACCAUAAAGGGUCUGCAAGAUAUUUGACGGCCGGGGACGCAAAGCAAAUGCUCCCACACCCUUACCCCCGAAGCCGUUUCGAGAGUUACUGAACCGAAAAACGAUUCGGACCCGUUAGUUAGACACGCUUUGCUUUUAUGUUGUGGAGGCAUAUCUUCACAAGGCAUCGGUGGCUAACCUUAACUCUAGAAACCUGCUCGUUGUGUAUGCUCAGGGAGUUUCCCUCGAGUGAAAUAGUUACACUGCCGCAAAAUGGCUCCCCUCUGUUCUGUGUUUGCAGCUUUGAACGGCAUUGAACACAGAAAGUGCAGCAAACAUUUACCAAAAUAUGAGAAUUGACUGUUUUGAAGACACAAUGUCCAAUCGGUUGUUUUACACGAGAGGGCCACCUUGUUUGCCUCAAAGAAGAAAAAAAAAAUUAACGUGCUAAUGGCUGUGUUCCAUUAGAGGGCGAUCUAGGAUGACGCUAAUUGUUAGCCUCAGUCUAAUCGUUUAAAGGGACAUGUGCAGUUUAGUACUGGGAGGGGCUAAGUGUGACUGUGUUCACCCCACCUUGUACUCUUUGUUCAUUUUGUUUUUGUUGAUUUGUAUUCCUUUUUUUAAAACAUAUAUUUAUGAAUGACGUACGAGAGUUUAAGUACGCGUUCGUGCCCUGCUCUCAAGAAUUGAAGUUGCGUGCAUUUCGGGAAAGUUGUCUUUGCUCAUUGUGUACAGCUUAUUACCGGAUCGGACCAAUUCAUUCUGCGUAAUUGGAUGAAAUUGGAACAAGCACACGUCUGCCCUCAUUGAACCUCAUUGCUUUACUGGUGGAUUCUUUUUUAAUUUAAAAAAAAAAAGAAAAAGGCUCUGAUGUGCCCGUACAGUUUCCUGCUGUGAAUGUGAAAUCAGUAGCCCGUAUGCUUAUCGGACCGCACUGCACAAGACCAAAUGUAAUGGUCUUGAUGUCCCUAGCUUGUGGGAGUAUGGCCUGGGGUGGGCAAUUAGUAAAAGCUCCACGUCCUGGAAAGUCACAUGACGUGGAGCUUUUCCGUUUGUCUUGGCUAUUCAUAUUUUGUUAAUAUUUCUACAGGAUUUCACUGCUUGGAAUAGGCUAACAGGUGUCCCAGGACGGGUACUGCUUGACCCUUCGCACCUUAGCCUGACUGAGGGGAGUGGUCUUUUGUCUGUCACGGGUGACUUAGGCCCCUCCCCCUUCACAAGCUUUUCAAAACGGGACUGGAGUAAUUGAGUUUUUAACCACUGUGAAUGAAGUUCAGCUGUUUGUGCUGAGCUCGAUGCUGAUGUGUGUGUCCAGUUGUGUUAACAGAUUUUCAAUUCUUGGAUCAACGCCUGAUUUUAAUUUGUACAUGAGUUGUUGUUUUUUUUUGUUUCUCCAACUUAAAGGAAAGCUGAAUUUGACAAUUCUCCCUUCCCUUGCCAUUCCAUUGUUUCUGUGGCGAUGAUGCUUACGUUUCUGAAUGUUUCAGAUUAGUAUAAACCGAACCUAUCUUGAGUUAAUUGGCAGGACUGGUUACAGUACAGCAUAUUGCUGGUCUUACUGUUCAAAGGUGGAAUUCGAGGGAAAGAAAUGCUUUAACGUGGGGAGAAGAUGGUCACGCACUCUUGCCAUCUGAGAGUAUGAGUGCAUCCACAAAAAGGCCAGGAUAAUGUGGCAUUACAGACCAUUACAACCCCGUUAGUAGACCCCCUAGAACUAUCACUUGGAAAACUGUUGCAUUUACUACCUGCAUAUUUUUAUUGUCCAUAAUGACUUGCCAGGAUCACAUUUACAGGUCUGUUUCCUUUUAGCUAGCCAAGAUGGAUGACCAACCUCAUAGAUCCUUGUCUUUGGAAUUCCUUAUUUUACCAUCCUAUAAAUAUUCUCUGCUCAAAAUAACUGAUACUUUUUCAGUAUUGUUUGGCAUGGUCAUGAUUGUUCAAAGUUGCUGUGUGAAUUUGGUUAGCUUUGGUAAUAAAUUGGUAGAAAAUUAA